GUGGAAAUUAUCUAUAUUUAUAUGUUACCUGCGUCAUUUGACUCCAUUUCCAGGACAUAUAAAGCACGGUUGACGCUGAAGAGAAGCACUAUUUCGCGGUCCCUUGAGAAAACAAAUGUUUAAUGGGUGAGGGUCACGGGGAACCUGGAGCCUAUCCCAGGGAACAUCGGCACAAUCGGUACACCCUGGACAGGGUGCCAGUCCAUCGCAGGGCACACUCACACACACACUCACACACCCAUUCAUACACUACGGACACUUUGGACACGCCAAUCAAUCUACCAUGCAUGUCUUUAGACUGGGGGAGGAAACCGGAGUACCCGGAGGAAACCCUGCAGCACGGGGAGAACAUGCAAACUCCGCACACACAGGGCCACGGUGGGAAUCAAACCCCCGACCCUGGAGGUGUGAGGCAAACGUGCGAACCACUAAUCCACCGUGCGUCCACUUAAUUGUACAGUGGUAUUUAUACGUAUGUAUGAUAAAUAAUGUUACACUACUAUUAUGUUCCUCUAACAAAAGAUUUACCACUGAAUAUCACUCCAGUGACAAGAAUUUGUAACUUAAAACCCAAUUCAUUGUUGGUGAGAAUCAACUCUAUCUAUAUACACGAGUGGCAUGAACAAAAUAAACCUGAACAAUGGCUAUACACGUUGAUACAAUGGUACCAAGUCAGCCUUGGCCUGGAUGCACCUCUUGAAUAAACUCACAAUGGCAAAGAAAGAAGUGUGAACGCAUGAAUAUUUCAUGAUCAAUUCCUGUGCAAUUGUCCCCGCAUCAACAGGAUACAUUUAAAUUCUGCGUUCUAUAAUAUGUACGUCCACGUUCAUAUUUUCACUAUAAAGGAUGCAGGUUCUUAGCUUUUCCACAGAUAGCACUUUAAUGACGGUUUGUUUUUCUGAACCCACGUUCUGUAUUGUGACCCUGGUUAAACGUGUGUAACUUGACUCUCGUCUGAGGCGUCACCCCCCAGUCCACAGCAGGGGCGCCGUGCCACUGGCACUCCCGCUGACCGACAGCAUGCAUUCACGUCCAAAAAAGGGCCUGCCAUUCAAGGCAAUGAAAACGAUGAAACGUGGCCAUUAUAACGGGGACACAGAGGGAUACCUGAUCCACCUCUGUUCUUCCCACGUCCUCAUUAUCGCAGGCAUUUCAUAGCCGAAAUAUCUGCUCGCAUCUCCACUGUUAUUGCAGACCAACACUCGCAGACUGAAACUGUGCUUUCGCAUUUUGUGCUUUAUGUCAAGGGGCGAUGGGGAACAAGCAGUCUAUUUUCACUCCUCAGCAACUGGAUGCAUAUCAGGACUGUACAUUCUUCACCAGAAAAGAAAUUCUUAGACUUUUUCAUAGGUAUCGCGAUUUGGCCCCACAGCUUGUUCCGCUCGACUACACCACCCAGCCAGAUGUGCGUCUGCCCUAUGAGCUGAUUGGCAGCAUGCCAGAGCUGAAGGAUAACCCGUUCAGGCAGAGAAUCGCAGAAGUCUUCUCAGAGGACGGAGAAGGAAACAUGACUUUAGACGAUUUCUUGGACAUGUUUUCAGCGCUGAGCGAAAUGGCACCAAGGGAUCUAAAGGCCUACUACGCAUUCAAAAUCUAUGACUUUAACAACGAUGACUUCCUUUGUAAAUCGGACCUGGAGAAGACCUUGAACAAGCUUACGCGGAACGAACUGACCGAAGAUGAAGUGAGGAUGGUGUGUGAAAAAGUCCUCGACGAAGCCGAUAUGGACAACGAUGGCCGUCUGUCACUGGAGGAUUUCCAGCACAUGAUCGUGAAAGCACCGGACUUCCUCAGGUUAGAGCCACUGCACAUCACUUUCCAUAUCAGAAUAUAAGACAAGUCUUUGAGGACCAAAUGGAUUAAAGUACAAAGCUUUUCUUUGACCAGACGGAAUGUAGACACCACAGGAAACCGAAGAGGAGAUGGAGGAAAUACAUCACCUGGACUUUUACAGCACUUUUCUUCUGAGAACAAUGAAUCAACAGUUAAAUGCAUCAAACCAAGAUGUUGCACUUCCUCGAUCUACACUUCGCCUUUUAGUUUCCCCAUUUUUUUUUUUUUUAAUUUCAACGUGACUUUUGUUUUAACGAAAACGAGUAUUGUUUCUGAGAACAGAGGAUUCGACGCUGGCCUGUAAAUCCCAACAGCUCCCUUUCUCGACGACGAAGCAGCACUACUAAAGAUUACGACGACGCACAAAUAAAAACCACAAAAAAAAAAUCUUUACUUCUUAAAAGAAUCUUAUUUUAAUAAAUCAAAAGCACUGAUAUCUACAAAACUGUAGACAAUUUUUCAACAUGAUUUUUUUUUUUUUUUUUUUAGAAAGUACAGUACAAUUAAAGUAGAUCUCUUUUUAGAGUGUUAUUUACAAUUUUCCUUUUUUUGUUGUUUUUAUUGAUUUUUUUUCCAAAAUGUAACAACUUUCUUCUCCCCGUUCACCUCGCGAUCAAAAAAAUUAAAUGAACGUUUGUAUAAAAGAAAUGAAAAGGAUAUGAAGGACAGUGAAUUCAAAAUAAAAUAAAAGAAACAAAGAUCUGACAGUCGAACGGUAUUAACUGCUUGAAGAGGCUUGACGCAGCUGGCAAAACUGCUGACACUUCAGGAAGUACUACCAGUUUAAUAAAUCGUCUCCUCUCCAAAUAUUUUUACUUGACCAAAUCUGUACAAGAGUGCACAGAAAGGGGAAAUAAAACGAAACCGCUGGAUCGAGCCGUUAUGCUGGUCACAUCAAAGCCAGGUCCAGUGCUGCGUUACAGGUUAUUGACGUAAAACACACUGAGUGGUGAAAACUACAUCUCUCACUCGAUACACUCUAUACAAGUCUCUUAUUAUUAAAGAGUCACUGAAUUGCACAAAAGCGCUUGACAAAAGCAAAAAAACAAAAACAAACAAACAAAAAAAAUACACAGAGACUAUGGGAAUGUCUUUAAGAAGUGUCAC